AUGGCGGGGGAAAACUUACCGCUCGAGAUACUUGAUCGUAUCUCGGUUGGUCGCGUGCUCGCCGGCAUUUUUCUUUUCGUCGUAACCUCUUUCAUUGUCGAUAUUCUUCAACAACCGAGCUAUCCGAAAUCUUUGCCGCGUGUUGGAUACGGCUCCGGACCCAUCUCGACAGUCAGGAAUUGGCUUGGCUACGUCUUUAAGUUUCCCCAAUGGGUUGAUUCUGGCUAUCAAAAGUACUCCAAAGAGGGCAAGGCAUUCGUAGUACCCUCGGCCGCAUCGAGACCCCAGGAGAUUGUUGUUCCCCGCACGCAGACAGCAUGGAUGCUCGACCUUCCCGAGCGACAGUUGUCGUCUGCGCACGCGCAAAGCGAUGUUCUGUACAGCGAGUACCAGUUCCUCGGCUCCGAGUUUGCGACCGAUUCGUUCCACAUCAACAUCAUACAUCGCAAUCUUACCCGCCACCUAUCGACCCUGAUACCCUCGCUUCAAGAUGAGGUCCAGGUCGCCGUCGACGAGACUUUUGGCACGGACACGGAGAACUGGAAGGAGUUCAACCUGUGGGAGUCGUGGGUCAAGCUCGUGCCGUCCGUCAUCAACCGCGUCCUGGUCGGGCCCGAACUCUGUCGCAACAAGGAGCUGCUCAACAGCAUGGUGCACUUUGCCGACACCGUGGUGAUGAACAGCUUCAUCCUGAGCCUGUUCCCCAAGACCCUGCAGCCCAUCAUCGGGCGCGCCCUCGCCGUUCAGAACUGGCGCCUCUACAAGAAAGCGCACAAGAUUCUCGAACCGGUGAUCAACGAGCGGUUGGAGAUGAUGGCGCGCAAGGACGCCGGCAACCACGCCAAGAUGGCGGACUGGGAGCCUUCGGAGGACUUCAUCACCUGGGCCAUCCGCAUGGCGCGCAACGAAGGGCGUUCCGGGGAGCUCAACUCUGUCAACAUCACCAAGCGCCUGCUGCCCAUCGAGUUUGCGGCGAUCCACACGACCGUCAUAACGGGCCACUUUCUGCUCCUCGACCUACUGACGUCCGACCCGAAAAAGGGCUUCAUGGAGUCGAUCCGCCAGGAAGCGUCGAGCAUGCUGCAGCGCUCUGGCGGGCGGUGGACCAAGGACGGCCUGUGGAACCUCUAUCGGACCGACAGCGCCAUCCGCGAGAGCCAGCGUCUGAGCAUCUUUGCGACGUCCCUCACCAAGCGCAAGGUUGUCGCGCCCGAGGGAAUCACCAACCCGGUCGAGGGCUGGCACGUGCCGCAGGGCGGGUACCUGAUGCUCAACCUCGACGGUCCCCAGCACGACGAGGACCUCUACGAGAACCCCAAGGAGUACGACGCCUUCCGCUUCUCGCGGCCGCGCGAGGAGUACGAGGCCAGGCCGGCGGACAAGAAGGAUCUAGAGGAGUACAUGCAGCUCAAGAAGCUUGGCAUGGUAACCACCGGCGAUGCCCACCUGGCGUUUGGGCACGGCAGGCAUGCGUGCCCCGGGCGAUUCUUUGUCGCGCACAUGCUCAAAAUGACUGUGGCCCACCUGCUGUGUAACUACGAGCUGGAGCCACUGCCAGAGAAGCCAAAGGCCGCUUGGAUGGGUCAGCUCAUCAUUCCUCCCGUUGACGUCAAGAUCCGACUUCGCAGGCGAAAGCAGACUGCAUGA